GGUCCAAUGUAUUGCGGAUGUAGCCUUCAUUGCCCUCUCGAGGCAGGCAGUGAUAUGGCUAAAGGUUACGGCGGAGUGAUAUGCUGUAGUCUUCGACAAAGAGCUGCGAUAAAUCGGGAGGGAGAUCCCAUGAAUAGUGUUUGAGCCCUAUGUCACUAAUGGACGGAGUCAUUGUAUAAAACACGAAAUGUAACCCCAAAUAUAAACACGCUAGCAAAGAGAAUCACUGAACAUUUCACAGGAGAACAUGGAGAAGAAAAGGUGGGCAUGCUUGGCUCUCCCCAAGGGCUGGCAGAUCGAAGAAGUGACCAGAAAGUCGGGUUUGUCUGCGGGAAAAAGAGAUGUCUAUUAUUUUAGUCCAACCGGGAAGAAGUUUCGGAGCAAGCCUCAGCUGGCUCGUUACCUUGGCAACCAGAUGGACCUCAGCUCCUUCGACUUCCGCACAGGGAAGAUGCUCAUGAGUAAACUGAACAAGAACAGGCAGAGACUGCGCUAUGACAACAACAAUCAGACCAAGGGCAAGCCAGACCUGAACACAUCACUCCCCGUCAGACAGACUGCUUCCAUCUUUAAGCAACCUGUCACCAAGGUUACCAACCACCCCAGCAACAAAGUCAAGACAGAUCCACAGAAAGCCGUCGACCAGCCGAGACAGCUUUUCUGGGAGAAGAAGCUUGGUGGUCUCGAUGCCUUUGACAUCGCAGAGGAGCUAGUGAAGACAAUGGACCUGCCUAAAGGUCUUCAAGGAGUUGGACCUGGAUGUACAGACAAGACUCUACUGUCAGCGAUAGCCAGCGCCCUGCACACUAGUGCAGCCCCCAUCACCGGUCAGCUGUCUGCAGCUGUGGAGAAGAACCCAGGGGUGUGGCUCAACACAUCGCAGCCCCUGUGCAAGGCCUUCAUUGUCACUGACGAGGACAUCAGGAAGCAGGAGGAGCUGGUGUACAGUGUGAGGAAGAAGCUGGAGGAGGCUCUAAUGGCGGACAUGUUGGCUCAUGUGGAGGAAGCAGCCAGCGAGGGCGACUCACUCGAGGAGGACAACGACGACAUGGAGACUGUAUAGCAGAGGGUGAUGGGGAGUUAGAGUAGUUUGGAUGGGUCUUUCACCACCUUAUCACAGGACCAUGAAACCUGUACCAAUCCAACCAAAAGAACUGCCCACUUUCCACCUACUACCCCUCUGAAGCUUUACCUACCCACUGCCCACCUCGCCCGCUGGUUGGGCUCUUCUGGCUCCAGUGCUAAGAAAGGACUUGGACCAAGCCAUUCUGAAUCAAAUAAUUGAGCUAAUAAUCUUUCAUUUGAAAAAGAGAUCAUCCAAUAACUUUUUGACAGUGCAGAGUGAGAGGAGAGUGAUUUACAUACAGUAUGACAAAUUCAGUGUUCAAUGAUGUAGUUUUAUUUUUUACAAGACAUUGUAUGGAUUUUCUGAAUGUGAGAUGUAUGUUGUGACAAUCAUAUCACCCCCCCCACACACAAAAACAAACAAAAAACUACUUUUUAAAUGUAUUUGGAGAUUUUCAAUUAGUAGCGAAUGCUGUUUUUCUUUCUGUGUUUCUAAUGCACUCCAUGGGGCUCGAUGGACCAUAGUGUAGGGGUACUUUGGUUCAGUUUACAGGGCUAUGUGAGAGAGGCUUUGAUGAGAGGGAACAAUAUAUUUGCCCAAAUGAUGCACUCUAAAGCAUGAGUCACAGGACAGAGAAUUAGUGAAAAAUGAUUGAAUUCUGUUCUCAAGGAAAUAUUCUUGUCAUUGUAAUGUAGUCCAUUCAAACCCCUUACCAAGUAUUGACCAAAGAUGGUUCAUGUGAUUUUUGGAAAGUCUUGCAGUAUUCUACUGUAGUUAUUUUGUUAUAGCAUCAUAUCCAGCAUCUCAAUAGCUAGUGAUGUUUCCACAUGACACUGAGUUAUGAGUGAAGUCAUACUGUACUUGGUUAAAAUGGGUUGUAGAAGUGACUUGGACCCUUCUCUCCUGCAUUGUGUCGAUUUUAUUCAUUUUAACACUCAUUGCUCACUGAAGUUGUUGGUUUAACGUUGCUGUUUCUAGCCAAUGCAUGUUUGUCCCCAUGACCAUGCUUUUUAAAAUGUUUCCAAUAAUGGGUCAAAGCCAUCACAACACUUGCUGCCUCCAUUAUCUUGUGCACUGGGUGCCAGACAGAGUAAACUAAGCAGAUUUUGUUUGACUAAAGAUUAAGGGCUGGACUCAAUCUGUAUCGUGGAAGAUCGGUGUUAAAUUUAAAGGUAAUUUUUUGACAUUCAGUUGACAUAUGCAGCGUUUAAUGUGAAUGCAGUCUUUGAAAUGCCUUUUUGAGGUGGCAGGUAGCCUAUUGGUUAGAGCGUUGGGCCAGUAACAGAACGGUUGCUGAAUCGAAUCCCCGAGCUGACAUGGUAAAAAUCUGUCGUUCUGCCCCUGGACAAGGCAGUGAGCCCACCUACCCCCAGUCGGCCUUCAUUGUAAAUUAAGAAUUUGUUAUUAACUGACGUGCCUAGUUAAAUAAAGAUUUGAUUUGUUUCAAAUUUGUAAGAAAAAAACAUUGAGUUAUAGUGUGGAUUUUCCACGAUGUAGAUUAAAACCAGCCCAAAGAUUCUGUGUUGAGAAAAUGAAUUGCGCUUUGUACAUAUACCCACAUUUCUCAAAGUUUGUAUGUUUCAAUUGUCAAGCUCAAUGAGAUCCCUAUCCAACAUCAGCAGGCUGAACUGAAUUUUAUGUUACUGAGUAAAAUGUAUCGGUAUAUCAACA